GUACACCCGGUGAUAAUUCCGCUUGAGUUUAUUCAGACUCGUACUUUGGCUUAUUCUAUAAGCAGCACUAUUUUAUCCUACGUUCUAUGAUAUCCGAAUAUCUUUAUUACAUUUUUGGAUCUUUUUUUCUAUUUGUAUAUUAAUAUUUUCAAUUAAACUGUUGCCAACAUGGCUUCGAUAUUGCCAGUAAACGCGCAGGAGGCAUUUGGUAGCAGAGAGAAUGAUGAAAAAACUGUCACACAACAGGCAGAUGUUGCAAUGGAUGAUACAUCCAAGGAUAAAUACGAAUACGAGGACGAUGAUCAUGAAGAUGGCGAAGAAGAAAGAGAAGGGUGGGGCAGUAAACUUGAUUUUAUUAUGACUUGUAUUGGUUAUGCCGUUGGUCUUGGUAAUGUCUGGCGCUUUCCAUAUCUUGUCUACAAAAACGGUGGAGGUGCGUUCCUCAUCCCAUAUUUCAUUUCUUUAGUUGUUUGCGGAGUUCCGCUUUUUAUGAUGGAGAUAACUAUGGGUCAACUUCUAACAACCGGUGGUAUCGGUGCUUGGGAUGUUUUUCCUGUAUUAAAGGGUGUGGGGUUUGCUGCCAUCUCCAUUUCAGCAAUAUUGAAUAUAUACUACAUUGUUAUUGUAUCGUGGUCGCUGUUCUACCUGUUCGCCUCCUUUCAGAGUGAACUGCCGUGGGGAACAUGUAGUAACAGUUGGAACGAUAUAUAUUGUAAUGAUGUAGCCCUACAGAAUGGUACACGUGGAACUGGGUACUUUAAGGCAAUAAAUGGAUCACUUUAUCCAGUCAGUGUCGGAGAAUCACCUGCACAGCAGUACUGGGAAAAACGAGUUUUGCAGAUCUCUCCUGGAAUCGAUGAUAUAGGUAGUCUCCAAUGGGAACUUGUCGGAUGUCUCGCCCUAGCUUGGGUUCUCACCUAUGCCUGCCUCUGGAAGGGAGUUGCUCAGACUGGAAAAAUUAUGUGGUUUACAGCCUUGAUUCCGUAUGGUAUCCUGACAGCACUUCUGAUCCGUGGACUGACUCUAGAGGGGCAUCAGGACGGUAUCGAAUACUACAUUACACCAGACUGGGAACGUCUGACCACUCCAACUGUUUGGAUCGACGCAGCUACGCAGAUCUUCUUCUCAUACGGGAUAGGAAUUGGGUCUUUGAUUGCACUUGGUAGCUACAAUCCAUACCGUAAUAACAGUCUAAUUGAUACAAUUGUGGUGGGAGUAGUUAAUGCUGGGACUAGUCUGUUUGCCGGAUUUGUUAUUUUCUCAAUUCUCGGUUUCAUGGCAAAUGAACUCGGAGUUCCUGUUUCUGAAGUAGUUUCAGAAGGUCCUGGCCUCACCUUUAUUGCGUAUCCGACUGCUGUUUACCAAAUGCCACUCGUCCCUCAGCUGUGGUCGGUUAUAUUUUUCCUCAUGUUAAUAAUGCUUGGAUUGGAUAGUCAGUUUUGUGUUGUUGAAGGCUUCGUGACCUCAGUAAUGGACUAUUGGCCGGAGUAUAAAUUAAGAGAAAACAGAACUGUGUUCUUGAUGGUAGUUUGUAUUAUAGAUUUUCUUCUUGGACUCGUCUGUGUUACCGAGGGUGGAAUGUAUUUCUUCGAGCUGAUGAAUUCUUAUGGUGUAAGCGGGAUGUGCUUGUUAUGGGUAGCGAUGUGGGAAAGUGUAGCAAUUUCAUACGGACUUGGGAUAAAGAAAUACUUCUCCGCCGUCUGUACCAUGCUAGGAUUCUCUCCUGGAAUUUUCUGGCCCUUCUGCUGGUCUGUUACGGCUCCACUUGCUAGUUUGGGUAUAUUUAUUUUUGCUCUUGUCGACUACCAACACGCUACAUACGGUGAAAACUAUUACUACCCUGUGUGGGGAGAGAUAUUAGGCUGGUUCAUGGCGCUGGCGUCAAUGCAAUGGAUCAUCUCAUAUGCCGUAUAUUUAUUUCUCACAACCAGAGGAUCUUUUUCCGAGCGCUGGGCAAUUGUUACGACAAAUAAAUUUAACUUUGAAGAAAGAGAACUCAAAGAAAAAAGAUUAGAGGAACGCGCUAAACGAAAACAUGAAGCUUUGGUGUCUGAAUACCAGAGCAGUAUGAAGAAAGUUUUAAAAGAGGAUGAGUACGAUGAAGUAAAAAAUGAAUCAACAGCUUACGAAAACGUUGCAUUUAAACCAGAUGCAGAGUAUGUAACUAUCAUUGAAGCUAGUAAAUAGAACAUUAUAGUAAUUUUGUGAAUCACACACACACCUACUUAGGUACGACUGCCCUGAUUUUGCAUACACGCAAUGAAACGAAAACAAAAGUACUACCACGAGGUAGGUGGCGCCCAAUUCGAGUUUGAAAUUUGAGCAAUAACGCUGCACGCAUUUGAUACGAGCAUGGAGGAAAACUAAUUCCUCCAUGAUACGAGCGACUUUUACGUUCUUUAGAAGGGCGCCCUCUAGUUUGUAAUAGUACUUUUUGAGAUAGGAUUCCGUUUCAAAGAAACCCCAGCAGUCGGACUUCUUGCUAUUCUAUACUCUUUACUGAACAUUCAUAAAGGCCGUUUUCCACUAGACGAAUUUAUUCGAAAAUUUUCGCCCUAUACGCAUGUCCAGUUUAAUUUUCAUCACGAGAUUUUCAAAUGCCAAUUCGUACGGGUACAAAUUUUCGAUCCGUGCGAAUAAAUUCGCCUAGUGGAAAACGGCCUUUAGACAUGUGUCGAUUCGUUCCAAGAGGCUCUAUAUUUAAGGCGUAUGUAAUGGUUGUGUUGGCUCUUGUAAUUUUAUUUUUUAGUCCACCACAGUGAGUUAAAACGACUCACAUCGUUUUGAGUCAAAAUAGAUUUCUUUUUGUUUUUACUUAGUAUUUGAAUAACACACACACACACACAAGUAUUUGAAUUUACAUUCGAUUGCCUUAACAUGCACGUGCAUGCGUUUUUCGUUGUUAUAUUAAAAAUAUGUAGGCCUAUAUAAAGUGUAAUAAUAGACUACAUAAUAAUAAUCAGCAAUUCAAACAGAAGUAACUCUCAUCCACGAACUGUACUAUGUACACGGAAGCUGUAUGCAAAUAAAUAAUCACUAGUUUCAGAAGUAUAAAUAUGUUUGGUUUUCUGAUAAAUGUGAAUUUUGUAGAAACUGUCAAUAUAACGUUUACCACUUAGUAAAAAGCUAUAAAAUGAUACCUAAGGUAAGUAGAUAAGUAGACUGAAAGCACAAUUUUAACUGUUUUUUUAAGAUGAUUUGAAUUGUAGUAGUAGUAGCCUAUAUUGUAAACGCGUUCACCAAAAUGGUUCACCAACUUAAAAUGUGACACAUAUCAUUCAUUUAUAAACGCAGGAAACAAAAAACAUUAUUAUAACAUUGUUUGGAUGAUUUAAA